AUGGAUGGGGAAGAUGUUAAGGAAGAAGGAGAAGAAAUUAAGGAAGGAGAAGAAGUUAGGGAAAGAGAAGAAGUUUGGGAAGGAGAAGAAGUUUUGGAUGGGAAGAAGUUAAGUAUAAAGAACAAAGAGAUUAUAGUUAACGAUGGAGAAGAAGUUAAGGAAGCAGAAGAAGUUAAGGAGGAUGGAGAAGAAGUUAGGGAAGGAGAAAAAGUUAAGAAUGAAGAACAAGUUAGGGAAGGAGAAGAAGUUAAGGAUGGAGAAAUAGUUUGGGAUGGGGAAGAAGUGAAGGAAGGAGAAGAAGUUAAGGAAGAAGAAAAAGUUUUGGAUGGAGAAGAAGUUAAGGAGGGAGAAAUGAUUAUAGAUGGAGAAGAAUUUGAGGAAGGAUAA